GAAUGAUAUAAAGCCAACAGUCUGAUACUCUGAGAGAACCAGUCAUCGUUUGCAUCCCCUCAUACUUAUUCCUGAAUAAAAUCAUGGCAGAAUCAAAGGUCUGGCUAGUGACUGGAUCAUCCUCAGGAUUUGGCCGUUCCAUGACAGAACUCCUGUUGAAACACGGGAACAGAGUGGUUGCAACUCUACGCCGUAAAGAAGCCCUGUCGGAUCUCGCCAAACAGUAUCCUUCUUCCCAAUUGCUGGUCGUCCAAAUGGAUGUCGUAAACAGCUCUGAGGUGGCUACCGCAUUCACAAAAGCCCAAGAGGUGUUCGGACGUGUCGAUGUUGUUUUCAACAAUGCGGGUAUGGCGAUCAUUGGAGAGAUGGAGUCUGUGAGCGACGAAGAGGCCCGCAAGAUAUUCGAAGUCAACUUCUGGGACGCAUCGAAUGUGACAAGGGAAGCGGUUCGGAUGUUUAGGGAAGUCAACAAACCCAUCGGGGGAAGACUAUUACAGGUUUCUUCUAUGUUGGGUUUGAUUGGGAAACCAGCAAUGUCUUAUUAUGCCGCAUCCAAACAUGCAUUGGAAGGAUUCAGCGAAAGCGUCGCACAAGAACUAGACCCGGCGUGGAACAUCAAGGUUACCAUAAUUGAGCCAGGUCCAUUCCGGACCAGGGUGUUCACGGACAACAUGGACAUUCGUCCUCAACAUCCUGCAUAUACCAACCCCGAGUUAGGCGGUUCGAAAUCUCGCCAGUGGGCGACUUCAACUCUAGUGGAUGGAGACACCGAGAAAGCGGUGGUGGUCAUUGAGAAGCUCACGCACCUGAAUGAACCACCGCUGAGACUUCUGCUACACAGGGAUAGUGUCGAAGCAGGGAGGGAGAAGGCAAAGAAUCUCACCGACAACAUAGACAGAUACGAAUCAUGGUCGGAGAAUGUCUACUUUGCGUAGUUCCGCUGACUCGUUGUGCUUACUACUGGACCUUCCUCAGCUCUUGUCCUCUGAGCUCGUAUGUUUGCUAUGAAAUAUAGUUAACAUGGAUUGCACACAAUGAAUCGAUGUCAAUGAUAUCCUCGUUGUUCCAGGUGAAACUACACCUGACCAGGAAGGGGCCGAAUGGAGUAUGUGAUGACUAUGACCACCAAAGUGUAGAAUUUGGCCGGUCUGCAUGCAGUUACGCAGCAGAAAGUGAUUGGGACGUCGGAGGACGUCUACUUCACGUAGCAUGUACUACUAGUCCUAUGGCAGCCUGUUAGAUGUCAGCAACAGCUUGAAGGUACUGAAC